AUGGACUUGGAGCAUUACGGGCAGGGGCCCCAUCAGCCCCGCCAACGGAGACGCAGAGCUGGAAAAAGGCGAUUGCGCAACAGACCUCCGAUUGCUGCGCGUCUGGCGCUUGAUUCUCAGUUGCGUGGGAAUGUCGGGGUUCUAUCCGAAGAUCUCGCCAACGACCUCUUCCAGCACCAGAGCCUUGCAGGCGCUCCCUCGGAUGACGGAGUCCUCUAUGUUGCAAUUUCCCCGCAUACGCCCAACUACAUUCCGGUCGAGGACCAGGCAUGGACGAUCCUCCCCGUGCACAUUCAGACUCCCGGAAGGUCCCACACCUCAAUAUCCCACUCGACGGUGCUUUUCCCGGACUCGGCAGACUCGAUUCAGCCCUUCCUCCAAGCAUUGGGGAAGCUUGAUCCAUCGCGCCAGGCGCUGCAGACGCAUCGUGCUGUCGAAAUUCGGAUUCUGGAUGUCACCCCACUCCACCUGGAUACAAUUUUUGUCACCGUAGAGCGCCACCUCCUUCGCAAUCAUGAUGAUGUUCAGAACAAGUUCGGGGGUGGGUUCACGUCGAAUCCGCUAGGGCUGGAUCGACUUCGAGGCAAGGCAGGCAAGGCGGCAGACACGAAGAAGCUUUCCAAGAAAGCGGCCGCCGAUGUUGAACAUCGCCUCACUGCCGCAGUCCGAGAGGCUCUCGGGGCCCAGCGGAUUGUGCAUACCGGGGAUGUGUUGCCACUCCCACUUCCGCCGCACCCGAUCACCUAUGCGCCGGCACCCCCUGCGCGGAUCUCGUUCUGUGAACCCGUAUCGCAGGGACUGCUGAUGCCAACGACUAAGAUCGUGCUUGUUCAGGCUCGCCCUCAGGGUCAUCGCGCGCCGCAGACGCUUCCCCCAAAAUCUGCGCUCCUGAAACAAGUGGCCGAAGAUGAGGCUGAUGAUACCUCCAACGAGCAGUUUUACUCUGCUGCAGAGGACAAGGAGAGUGGGACGGAGAUGGAGAGCACAUCGGCUGCUGAAGAGUCGGAGACGGAGGGCUCGGCAGCCGCCGUCAGGCGUAAUGUCGUCCAUGACUUCUGCAACCCCCGGGCAGGUGGUCGACGAGCAGAUGGGAUCCACACACCCGGCUCGGUGGCAUCGAAUUUCACGUCUGCAACAAUGCGUCCCGGGCGUGGUGGAGGCAAGACGUUUAAAGUCGAAGGACUGCUGCAGCAGGUACCUAACGAAGUUUUACACCCACGACCUCGCGACGAUGAGGAUGUCGAUUGCUUUAUUUUCGUUGAUAUUAGCACGCUUGCCAAGAUUGGCUGCUUCUCGGGUGACUGGGUGAGAAUCGAAGCCGCCGAGGAGCCUCAACUCAACAUGUUCGCAUCCCUCAAGUUCGGGAGCUUUAAUGAAUCCCCAGAAGAUUCCGGCGACUGGCGUCCAGUCAAGAUCUUUGGUUUGCCGGGUCUUCCGUCAUCGAAGCCGCGAUAUGCCAUCAACCACUCCGGUGAGCGCCGGUCUAGUAUCUCGCAACGCCCACCCACGCGCUUGACUCCUUCGGUUUUUGUUCCUCCGUUGCUUCUUGGGAACAUCGAGAACCCCAAGUAUCUGCGGAUAUCGCCCAUGACAUUUGCCGCACCCAAUGGCUCUUCAAAGCCUGGUCUUUUGCACCAUGUGAAAAACACUGCGGCCAAGAACCCACCUCUAGCAAAGGAAGUCACUCUGUUGAAAGUUUCCACGCCUCUUUCGAUGGAUCGAGUCCUUCAACCAGCGUUGUUCGCUGGACUGAAGCAGUAUUUCGAAUCACGACGGCGCAUCAUGAAGAGUGGUGAUUUGGUUGGUAUCAGUGUCGACGAAGGGCUCGGCAAAGCGGUCUUCUCUGGGAGUGCAGGUGGCGAUGCUGCAAUUCAAGAAGACGACAUUACCGCACGGCUCGGACAGGUUGCUGAUCAGGAGCAAGUUGGACCCCGCAAGGUUGGCGUGGCUUGGUUCCGCGUUGGACAAGUGGCUCCCAGCAUCGUCGAGGAGCUGGAAGAGACAGGCGAGGACCAGUGGGGUGGAGUGGCUGUCAUUGACCCAACCACCACACGGAUGGUGCAGGCCGGCAGUGACAUCAGUCGCGUCCCUGGUGUCCUGGGCAAUGGGUGGGAGUAUUGGUUGGGAGUCAAAACCAUCCCGAAGACCAUUAGUGACAUUCCGGCACCACACGGCAUUUUCCCCGAACCGCCGCAAGCAUAUAUUCCACCUCUGCAACAGCGAAUCCGUGAUUUGAUGACUGCAGCGACAAGCCCCCGUGCAAUCCAUUUGGGGAUGAAGCCCGUCGUCAUUCUUCUCCAAUCUCAGCAACGACACAUCGGCAAGGCAACUAUUGCGACACGUGCGUGUGCGGAUAUUGGCCUCCACAUUUUCCCUAUCGACGCAUACGAUAUCUUGACCGAAGGCGGUGCGAAUGGCGGCGACGUCAAAACCGAGGCCUAUUUGAAGGCGCGAGCUGAGCGAGCCCUCCACUGCGGCUCAAACUGCACCGCCCUUCUCAUUAGGCAUAUCGAGGUCCUCACCGCCGAUCGCAUGGUUACCGCAAUGAUGGAUAUUGUGAACGACGCCAGAGUGAUCAUUGCUACUACGACUGACGUCGAGCAAAUCCCCGAGGGAAUUCGCACCAUGUUCAGCCAUGAGUUCGAAAUGACAGCUCCGGAAGAGAAGGAGCGUGAAGGCAUCUUGCGGAAUGCCGUGACUGAGCGCAGCAUGAAACUGGCUGCCGACGCUGAUCUGGGAACUGUCGCCUUGAAGACUGCUGCGCUAGUUGCGGGAGACCUGGUCGACGUCGUGGAACGGGCCGCUGGGGUGAGAGCGGCCCGCCUCGAGAAUUUAGCGGAGAAUGCAAACAAGCAGCUUUCUGGUUCCAAUGUUUCUGUCCGGGACAUUCUACUCGCUGGAGGAGAUGGUGCACGAGGCGUCACCAAAACCGAUUUCGACACUGCCGUUGAAGCGGCUCGAAAGAAUUUCGCUGACUCAAUCGGCGCGCCCAAGAUCCCUAACGUCAGCUGGGAUGAUGUUGGCGGAUUGACCAAUGUCAAGGAUGCCUUGACCGAGACCAUUCAGCUGCCGCUCGAAAGGCCCGAGCUCUUUGCAAAGGGAAUGAAAAAGCGCAGUGGUAUUCUGUUCUAUGGACCCCCGGGUACGGGUAAGACGCUGCUUGCCAAAGCCAUCGCCACUGAGUUUUCCUUGAACUUCUUCUCGGUCAAGGGCCCGGAAUUGCUCAACAUGUACAUUGGUGAGUCCGAAGCCAAUGUGCGGCGGGUAUUCCAGCGAGCACGAGAUGCUCGUCCCUGUGUUGUGUUCUUCGACGAGUUGGAUUCCGUUGCACCAAAGCGUGGGAACCAAGGCGACAGCGGUGGUGUCAUGGACCGUAUUGUCAGCCAGCUUCUUGCCGAGUUGGAUGGAAUGAACGGAGGCGAGGAAAACUCUGGUGGAGUUUUUGUCAUCGGCGCAACCAACCGACCUGAUCUGCUGGACACCGCUCUUCUCCGUCCUGGACGUUUCGACAAGAUGCUCUACCUUGGCGUGUCGGAUACCCACUACAAGCAAGCCACCAUCCUCGAGGCCCUCACUCGGAAAUUUACCCUCCAUCCAGAGAUUUCGCUGAAUCGGGUUGCGGAGCGGCUGCCUCUGACCUACACUGGUGCAGAUUUGUAUGCUCUCUGCUCCGAUGCCAUGCUGAGAGCGAUCACACGAAAAUCCACUGCAGUGGAUGACAAGAUCAAGCAUCUGCCUGGUGGCCCGGUCAGCACGGCGUAUUUUUUUGACCACUUUGCAACCAAGGACGAUGUGGCAGUGAUGGUCACAGAAGAGGACUUUUCCUCGGCACAAGGGGAGCUGGUUCCCAGUGUUAGUGCCAAGGAACUGGAGCACUUCGAACGCAUUCGCCAGACCUUUGAAUCGGUUGAUAAACAGAAGGAGGACUCAUCUGCUGCCGCUCCACAGACAAUUGCAGAGGCGAUGGAGGCAUUCAGUUUGGGAGCAUCUGGGGAGAUGGACGAUGCGUCACCGAUCACCAAUGGUGAUCAUCGUCCGUCUGGCAGCAUUCAUGAACGCAUCAAAGGUCUGAAACAAUGGCCUGGGAGUGUCGUCCGCAGCCCCAGUGGGCAGUCUAUUACAAGCAGCAAAGGUAAAGGCAAGAGUGUCUCUGGGAAGAAAGGAAAAGGGUCUCGAGCAGGGGUAGACUCCGAUGCCUCUGUUGACGGUGAUGAUGAGGAUAUGGCUGAUGGGGUGGUGGAUGAGGAUGAGGACGACUAUAUCGUGCGGACUGACCACCUUGUGAAUCCGAUGGAGGAGGUUGAAUAG